CUAUAAUCACCCUUUUUCCUUGUGUUGCAGGAAAUGAUGAGAGGAAUGUUGCUCGUCUAAGAUGUUUUUUAAACAACUGGGGUCCUCUCGGUGCUAGUGUGCAAUACGUCUUCCAACCUCGAGAAAACUACAAUACAUCACAAAUCAAGCGACCAUUCUAAACCAGAGGUCACCAUGAAGUUCAACAACGCCGUGAACAUUGCAACUGUUGCUUGCCUCAGUGUUUCUCCCACCCUCGCUCUGGUAACCUCGUGCUUUGAUGCCCUCGACUCCAUUAGCAAAAUACCCGGCUACUUUAUCCAGAAUGUUCAGCUGAACGCCUGUCCGGCCGGUUGCGCACCCAACAUCGACCAGUGGAACAGCGAUGUGAAAGACGAGAUCCUCAACGAACUGUUGGAAGAUGGUAUCCAAUACACUGGCAUCAAUGAUGAGCCGGCACAGAAGGCAUUUGUUAAAGCCAUUGAUGACCUAUAUAACACGGUCGUCUCCAAGUGCCAGAAAGAGUCCGAUGGUCUGAACCUCUGCGACGAUGAAGACAAGGUACAGCCAUUCUUGGAUUGCGUCAACAGCAACGCAAAAACCGCUGUUCUCAAAGGGGUGCCCCCAUUGCUUCCCUACAUCACAAAUGACAGGUGCCAGAAAGUCGAUGAAUACUUGAACAGCGAUCAGCUGUGGAAGGAUGACUUUCCGGAACACUUCAAGUCAUAUGUCGACCAGUGCCACAAUAUCUAAAUGUCAGCAACACCAGCACUCUUCGACAUUUAUCUGGCCUUGAAGGAAGUCACGAUGGAGCUCUAUCAUAGUAAAUGGGAGGAACUGUUUGCAAAGAAUCAUAAGGGAUGCUGUGGCUCAUUGU